AUGGGCAUAUUUUGUCAGCAAGGAUUGAAAAUAGUUCACCAUGCAGAGAAGACACUGUCCAGCUUCUGCAAGUGGCAGAAAAGCAUCAAUCCCAAGAGUGACCUCAACCCUGUCCAUCACGAUGUGGCUGUUCUUAUCACCAGAAAGGACAUCUGUGCUGGUGUCAAUCGCCCUUGUGAGACUCUGGGGCUGUCUCAACUGUCAGGAAUGUGCCAGCCUCACAGGAGUUGUAACAUCAAUGAAGAUUCUGGCUUGCCCCUGGCUUUCACCAUUGCCCAUGAACUCGGGCACAGCUUUGGCAUCCAGCAUGAUGGAAAAGAAAAUGACUGUGAGCCUGUGGGCAGGCACCCAUACAUCAUGUCCCAGCAAAUUCAGUAUGAUCCCACUCCACUGACAUGGUCAAAGUGCAGCAAAGAGUACAUCACUCGCUUCCUGGACCGAGGCAGGGGAUUCUGUCUUGAUGAUAUCCCCAAAAAGAAAGGCUUGAAGUCCAACGUCAUUGCUCCAGGGGUGAUUUAUGACGUUCAUCACCAGUGCCAGCUCCAAUAUGGCCCCAAUGCUACGUUUUGCCAGGAAGUGGAAAAUAUCUGCCAGACACUGUGGUGCUCUGUAAAAGGCUUCUGUCGCUCGAAGCUGGAUGCUGCUGCAGACGGGACACGCUGUGGUGAGAAGAAGUGGUGUAUGGCUGGAAAGUGUAUCACAGUGGGGAAGAAACCAGAGAGCAUCCCUGGAGGCUGGGGACGCUGGUCACCCUGGUCCCACUGCUCCAGGACCUGUGGGGCGGGAGCUCAGAGUGCAGAGAGGCUCUGCAACAACCCCGAACCAAAGUUUGGAGGGAAAUACUGCACCGGAGAAAGAAAACGCUAUCGCUUAUGCAAUGUCCACCCCUGCCGCUCAGACACCCCGACUUUCCGGCAGAUGCAGUGCAGUGAAUUUGACACUGUUCCCUACAAAAAUGAAUUCUAUCGCUGGUUCCCAGUGUUUAAUGCAGCACAUCCUUGUGAGCUGUACUGCAGACCCAUAGAUGGACAGUUUUCUGAGAAAAUGCUGGAGGCCGUCAUCGAUGGUACCCCAUGCUUUGAAGGCGGCAGCAGCAGAAAUGUCUGUAUUAAUGGCAUAUGUAAGAGGGUCGGCUGUGACUAUGAGAUUGACUCCAAUGCUACUGAGGAUCGCUGUGGUGUGUGCCUUGGAGAUGGCUCUGCCUGUCAGACUGUGAAGAAGCUGUUUCGACAGAAGGAAGGAUCUGGUUAUGUUGACAUCGGACUUAUUCCCAAAGGGGCGAGGGAUAUAAGGGUGAUGGAAAUCAAAGCAGCUGGAAAUUUCCUGGCCAUUAGGAGUGAAGAUCCAGAAAAGUAUUACCUCAAUGGAGGGUUUAUUAUCCAGUGGAAUGGAAACUAUAAACUGGCAGGGACUGUCUUCCAGUAUGAUAGGAAAGGAGAUCUGGAGAAGCUGAUCGCUCCAGGCCCCACCAACGAGUCAGUGUGGAUCCAGCUACUAUUCCAGGUGACUAACCCUGGUAUCAAGUAUGAGUACACCGUCCGGAAAGAUGGCCUUGACAAUGAUGUGGAGAAGUUGCUGUACUUCUGGCAGUUUGGCCGCUGGACAGAAUGCAGUGUAACGUGUGGGACAGGUAUCCGUCGCCAGACAGCUCACUGUGUCAAGAAGGGCCAUGGGAUAGUGAAAGCUACUUUCUGUAACCCAGAAACACAGCCCAGUGGGAGACAGAAGACGUGCUAUGAAAAGGAUUGUCCACCCAGGUGGUGGGCAGGAGAGUGGGAAGCAUGUUCAACAACAUGUGGUCCCUAUGGAGAAAAAAAGAGAACAGUGCUGUGUAUCCAGACCAUGGGCUCUGAUGAGCAGGCUCUCCCAGCUACAGACUGCCAGCACCUGCUGAAACCCAAGGCACUGGUUUCCUGUAACAGAGAUAUUCUGUGUCCAUCAGACUGGACAGUGGGCAACUGGAGUGAGUGCUCGGUUUCCUGCGGUGGUGGAGUGCGGAUUCGCAGUGUCACCUGUGCCAAGAACCACAAUGAACCUUGUGACAAGACACGGAAACCCAACAGCCGAGCUCUGUGUGGCCUCCAGCAGUGCCCAUCUAGCCGCAGAGUUCUGAAACCCAAUAAAGACAUGGCUCCCAGGGGGAAAAACCAACCAACAUCAGAGUAUGACCCCUUCAAGCCCAUCCCUGCACCCACAUCCAGAUCCGUGCCACUGUCCACGCCCACAGUGCCUGGGUCUAUGAGCACAAGCACCACAGCAAUCAACAGCCUUGGCCCCACUAUGGCACCUGAAGAUGGGAUAGAAUGGCAGCAUACUUCAACCCAAACUAAAGAAGACUCCCGCUACCUUACUUCCUCUGGAAGCACUUCCCAGGCGCCCUUCACUUCCUGGUCUGUGAGUACCCAGCCCGAUGAUGAAAAUGUUUCUAGUUCGGCUAUAGGUCCUACUUCAGAGGCUGACUUUUGGGCAACAACAAGCGAUUCCGGCUUAUCAUCUAGCAAUGCUGUGACUUGGCAAGUAACCCCAUUUUAUGACCCCUUGACCACGGAUCCGGAAGUGGAGAUACACAGUGGCUCAGGGGAAGGAAGUGACCAGCCUAUGAACAAGGAUGAAAACAACUCUGUGAUAUGGAACAAGAGCAGGGCACCUGAGCACGCGUCUUCCAUGGAGAGGAAUGCAGAAAUACCACUCAGACCUCCACCAACAUCUUAUGUCGGGGAAGAGACUUCAUGGCCUCCCUUCAGUGCAAUGAUGAAAGGCUCACUACCUGACUGGUCCCUUAAAAAUGAGACACCCAGAGCUGAGGGGAUGAUCACUGAAAAAACAAGGAACAUUCCACUCCCACCUGGAGGAGGCCAUCACCCAACGCCCUCAGAAAAGUUAGAAAACCAUGACCACUUGGCAUUGCCAAACGAUACAAAUCCAACCCAAGGCUCUGGGCCUGUCCUGACAGAGGAAGAUGCAUCAAGUCUGAUUGCUGAGGGAUUUCUGCUAAAUGCUUCCAAUUACAAGCCGCUUAUGAAGGUCCCCAGCCCUGCACACUGGAUUGUUGGAAACUGGAGUAAAUGCUCCACCACAUGUGGGCUGGGGGCCUACUGGAGGAGUGUGGAGUGUAGCACCGGGAUGGAUGCUGACUGUGCAGCCUUUCAGAGGCCAGACCCUGCUAAGAAGUGCCACCUCCGCCCCUGCGCCGGCUGGCGAGUGGGAAACUGGAGCAAGUGCUCCCGAAACUGCAGCGGAGGCUUUAAGAUUCGUGAGAUUCAGUGCAUGGACAGCCAGGACCACCACCGGAGCCUGAGGCCAUUUUACUGUCAGUUCCUGGCUGGCCUUCCUCCUCCCCUGAGUAUGAGCUGUAACCUGGAGCCGUGUGAAGAAUGGCAAGUGGAGCCCUGGAGCCAGCACACAGCCACAAUGACAGCAAAAAGUCUGCGCCUGUCUUUAAAUUCGCCACCACCUGAUUUAAUUUACCACCUGUCCAUGUUGUGUAUCAGUGUUCUAGGUCCUGUGGAGGCGGUGUUCAGGAGAGAGCAGUCUCUUGCCCGGGCGGCCUCUGUGAUUGGACAAAAAGACCUGCGUCCACUGUGCCCUGCAACAGGCACCUUUGCUGCCGCUGGGCCACUGGGGAUUGGGACCUGUGUACCACUUCCUGUGGCAGCGGCUCUCAGAAGAGAACUGUUCAUUGUAUCCCCUCAGAAAACAGUACGACUGAAGAUCCAAACCAGUGCCUCUGUGACCACGAAGUCAGACCCCCAGAAUUCCAAAAAUGCAACCAGCAAGUCUGUAGGAAGAGUGCUGGUAGGUGCCUGGGUUGCUCAGAUGAGAUUUAACGUGCACGAAGGACAGGCUUUCGACCAGCUUCUGCCAGACGCUAAAAUCCAUGAAGAAAUGCUCUGUGCCCUCAGUGAGAGCACAGUGCUGCCUCUCAUGUCCGCAGACACAGAGCAUCCACACCCAAAGGCAAAGAAAACAGCAGCUACUCCAAAAUCACGGCACCCUCUAGGUUCAGAAAGAAGCCAUCGUCAUCAACCUCCACAGCCUGCUGCUCGAGAACAUGGUCCAGAAGGCCGCUUCAUUGCUAUUUCACUUUACACAUGCCAGGUUCAACUAUAG